AUGCCUUUCAAACCAGCAGAUAACCCCAAGUGUCCAAAAUGCGGCAAGUCCGUAUAUGCGGCAGAAGAGCGUGUCGCCGGCGGACUCAAAUGGCACAAAAUGUGCUUCAAAUGCGGUCUCUGCCAGAAGCUUCUCGACUCUACUAACUGCUCAGAACACGAAGGUGAACUUUUCUGCAAAAUGUGCCACGCGCGUAAGUUCGGACCUAAAGGUUACGGAUUUGGCGGCGGCGCUGGCUGCCUGUCGAUGGACUCCGGUGAACAUCUUAAGGGCGAGAAUGCAAAUGGAUUGCGGACCAAUGGAGCGUGUAUGGAACCACGUGUAAUUGCUAAAGCUCCACCUGGAGAGGGUUGCCCACGAUGCGGCGGUUACGUUUAUGCUGCAGAGCAGCAGUUGGCUCGUGGAAAGGCGUGGCACAAGGAGUGUUUCAAGUGUGCUGAUUGCUUGAAGCGGCUGGACUCCACAAACUGUUGCGAGGGUCCCGACAAAGAUAUUUACUGCAAAGUGUGCUAUGGAAAGAAGUUUGGACCUAAGGGGUACGGUUAUGGCAAGGGCGCAGGUGUCCUUCAAAGCGACCCUUACGCGAACGGGGACCAUGCACCCAGAACCACGGUGAUCGACACCGCAGCGAUCCAAGCACCUCCUGGCAAGGGAUGCCCCCGAUGUGGUGGCGCUGUCUACGCCGCGGAGCAAGUUCUGGCCAAGGGUCGUGAAUGGCAUCGCAAAUGCUUCAAAUGCCGCGACUGUACAAAGACGCUUGACUCGAUAAUCGCAUGCGAUGGUCCAGACAAUGAUGUUUACUGCAAAACUUGUUAUGGCAAGAAAUGGGGACCUCACGGUUAUGGAUUCGCUUGUGGAUCCGGCUUCCUUCAGACCGACGGUUUGACUGAGGACGAGAUCUCUUCUAACCGUCCAUUCUACAAUUCCGACACAACAUCAAUCAAGGCGCCUAAGGGACAAGGUUGUCCGCGAUGCGGUGGAAUGGUAUUCGCCGCUGAGCAACAACUUGCCAAGGGCACAAUGUGGCACAAAAAAUGCUUCAACUGCGCGGAAUGUCAUCGCCCACUUGAUUCCAUGCUAGCAUGCGAUGGACCAGACAAGGAAAUCCACUGUCGGUCAUGCUACGCUAAACUUUUUGGACCUAAGGGAUUCGGUUAUGGCCACUCACCCACCCUUGUAUCCACCGACUCUGAACCCACCACGACAUACACUGAACAAGUACCAUUCACUGGACCUAAAGCCGCAAAAGGAAAAGGCUGCCUCCGCUGUGGAUUCCCAGUGUAUGCUGCUGAACAAAUGAACUCAAAGAAUGGCACAUGGCACAAACGGUGCUUCUCAUGUGCAGACUGCCAUAGAUCUCUUGAUUCGACGAAUUUGAACGACGGGCCCAAUGGUGAAAUCUACUGCCGCGGCUGCUACGGACGUAACUACGGACCCAAAGGAGUGGGUUUCGGAAUAGGAGCAGGCACAUUGACCAUGGCUUAG